AUGACAAAGUUUUUGGACAGGGUGAAGCGCCGCAAGGCCGGUGCCACAAAGAAGGUACACGUGACAAAGGAGACGUUGCGGCAGCAACUCUUGAAAGUCAAUGAACUCGCUGCAAAAUGGAAAGAAAGAAUGGAGCCGCACAAGUGCGGUGGACCACCGAAAUUGAUUCGGACAGCUUCGGAUUGUUCGGGCUACGGCUCGGACUUGAUUGCAUACAAACUUUUGGGGCUGCAAGGAAGAAUAUUUCCAGUGCAGUGGACCGAAGUCGAUGCCAACAAGAUUGUGUUGCACGAGGCAGUAGCAAAGGAGUGUGGCUGGAAGGCAAGCCUUCCCAGACCAUGCGACAUGAUGUCGCGGGAACCAUCGGAGUGCCUGAGGGCAGACGUUUACGUGGCAGGCUACCCCUGCCCGUCCUUUUCCAAUUUAGGAAAGGGACGGGGAGUCAAUGACAGCAGAGGUCUUUUGACGUUGAAAGGCAUGGAAUACAUAGCUCGCACACGGCCGAAGAUGAUUGUCUUAGAGCAGGUGGCAGCUAUUUUACAAAAGAAACAUGAAAAGGUAUGGAAUUACGUUCUCAAAAUUUUGAAAUCUUUGGAGUAUAAGUAUGUGUACCGAGUUCUGAAUACCAAGGCAUUCGCCGUGCCGCAAAGUCGGCCACGGGUUUAUCUUUUGGCAGUGGCCUCAGAAACUUGCCAAGGCGCCCUUGCUUUGCCAGAUGAGCGAACGCAGCCGGUGGACUUGCAUCACUUCUUGCAGAAAGAAGUGAAGGGCACAGAAGUUUUGUCUCUGCCCAAAUACGAACGGCUGCUGGGCGCUCGAAUGUGGCGGAAGGGGUUUGUCUUGGAUGUGGGCAGCAGUGAACAAUUUCAAAGUGUUGUUCACAAUGCAACCCCAUGUCUCACUCGAACUCGUUUGUCCCAACGAGGAUAUUACAUCCCCAAGUUGCAGAGGCGGCUAUUGCCAGAGGAGGCUGCGGCCUUGCAAGGCAUUCCCUCACAAGUAUUUGCCUCAAUGGUAGCGGCUGCCACUGACUUCAACAUACCUUCGAAUGCGGUUGCAGGCAGCCUUGGGGAUGGCAUGAGUAUCAAUGUCCUAACCAGUGUCUUAAUGAAGGGUCUUCAUCACUCAGGACUGGCUCGGUAUGAGUCACGCCAUGAACAUUGGCGGCUGGUGGAAAAUAGUGAAGCGGCUGGACUGAGUGACAAGCUGUUCCAGUCUUCUGUGUUGAAGUUGGCUACGGACAUGGCAGAUGUGGACAUCCCGAAUGUCAGUUCAUGGCGGCUGAACAAGGCAGAAAACGACGAGUUGAAGAAACGAGUCGAGACGGGGGAAGUUGAAAAGGAUGUCAAACGAGAGAUUCAACGGCGCAAGGCUACGGCCUGCGAGCAGCGCAAGAAAGCGGCUGCAGCCAUUGCGUCUAAGCCAGAGAGCUCAGCAGAGAAAACCAAUAAAAGAAAGAAGUCCGCAAAUGCUUCCGCCGCUGCAAGCCUGCCGGCGGUGGCGGCAAAGUCUGACCCAACUAAUGCAAGUUACUAUGCCGAGGUGGAAGCAGAUCUGCAAACCAUUCUCGCAGAGUUUCCUGGCCUCGAAAAUGAAAGCCCUCUUCCCUUGUCCUCCACGGAGACAGACAAGUGCAGCAUUGCCCUCUGGAGUUUGAACCUUCUGGGGUCGGCGACCCCUGGCAUUCCCAUGAGUCGCAGACGGGUGCUUGAGAUGGCAUCCUUUUACUUCCCAGCUGGAAAGCCGGCGUACAUGACCGGCCGAAUGGUAGAAGUGUAUGUGGACAGGAAUUCGUUGGGGGAUCGGCCCAAAGGUCUCCAAAUGAUUUCCCCUGAGGAAAUUGUGCACAGCCUCAUUGCGGCCGCCGCGGAAGCUAUUCGGUCCAAAGACACCUUGGACGCAGACGCGUGGGAUAGCUGCCGGCAGCUGUGGAAGAGCGUCAUGUUGAGCAUUCCGGUGUCCAUGUUGGAUUCCAACCAGGACAACGAAGCGGACCGUGUCUGGGUCCUGGCGUUUAAUCGCCGACAGAGCUUGAAGCAGGAUCACGAGAGCAUGGUGCGCACAGCCAUGCAAACAGCAAUUGAGAUCGAUCAAUUUCGAUUGGUCUGUGAAAGCCAACCUGGUUGCAAGGGUCGGCUCCAGCCUGCCCAGCUAGCAGAGGAAUUUGUGAAGUUGGGCCUGGUCUCUGUCCAAGGAGGUGGCCGCAAAGACGACGACAAUGACGGGAAGCUGACAGCGAACCUGAUCUCUCAGGCUCUUGCGUGCAAGAAAGGGGUCUUAUCUUCACCGCGCGCGGUGGAGAUUCUGUUGGAAAUGGAGAGCGCCUACGGGACGAGAUCUCCGUUCCACAAGCUGAGUUGCUUGCACGUGGCUUCUACUAAGCCCAGCACAUCUCAGAUGAGAGAUUGGAUUUUCGAGUUGCUUUGGGACUGGCUAAGCCAGGACUUACUGAAACCCGGAGAGAUUUCAAAGACUUCUCUGGCUGGAGACAAACAUCACACUGGCCUAGUAGCUUUGUUUGAGCUGAAGAAGAAGGUUUACGAUCACUUCUUUGACGUGCUCCUUCCGAAGAGUGGCAUGUCGGAGCAGGAUCGUCUGUUGCUCAAAGAGAAAUCUGGACUACCUGAAAUCUACCGAGCUCAUUCUGGAGAUGGAGACUGCAGCUGGAUGGCCCGCCUACAGAAAUCAGCCAUUGAGGCCUUUCAUCUUUUAGAGGAAUUGGUCUAUGGCCGAAAGUAUGACAACUCCCUGCGGGCAACUUGCAAGGGCACUGCUGUGGCAGAAGCAGUGCUUGAACUGGAGCAGGUUCAAGCCGAAUGGACCAAGGUUCUCGAUCUUCUGAAGAACGAAGACAUUGAACGCAAAGCCGCAGUCCAAAUGCAGUCUGACAUGGAUGAUGGUCCGGGCGAGCAGUGCGAGCUGGAGCUUCUAAGGAAGCCUCCGUCGCAAUAUUCAGAGGGAAGCGAAAACUAUUUCAAGGCAGUCGCGAACCAGACUGUGCGAACUUACUGCUGCUUCGCUCCCGAGCCGAAGACAUUGGAGGGGAUGAUUUCCUGGACCUCCAGUGUGCUUCAAGACCUCCGCGGAGAAGUGGGUCAGAGCUGCGUGCUCACCUACAUGGACUUAGAUGGUUUGGGGGAAUCCUUUGGACCCAGCCAGCAGCCGCUGCUACGAAAACGCUUCAACCCUGAGAUCGGGCUGCUGCGGAAAUUGUUGCACGGCGCCAUGAUUGGACGACAUGCCCAGCGGAAAGGAGAUGAAACAACAUGCCCUGCAGAAGGAGAGGUUGUCAUGGUGCACACAGGGUUUGAUCGUAAUAGCAAGGAACUUGAAAAUGUCUUUCGGCCUUCGACGGCAAGAAAGGACCAGCCCAUAGAUGCUGAACAGCGAGACAUCUCGAUUAUCUACACGGACAAAUCCAUCCGAAGCCGCAAGAAAAGGCUCCGAGGAGCUUACUCAACCAAGUCAACGGUAAGCCUGUUCUCUGCAGUGCCCAUGUCAACACUCGUGCCAGAAAAAGCAUAUCCAGAUUUCAGUGGUCACAACACCACUGAUGUUUUCUUCGGAGUGUCUGCGUUACAGCCUGAGGAACUCUGGUGUGUGUCCAGGAAAGAAAAAGAGACGAUUUUGGGACAGGAUCGCAUCGUCGCAGUCACAGAAGCUGCAGCUGGUAAAAGCAAAGAGAACCCUGAGGUUGCUGCAGAGAGUGUUUUUAGCGGACCGGCUUUGCCUGAAGCCUUUUAUAAAAGCUUCUUGAAGGCGAACUCAGUGACAGCUGUGCUGGACCUCAGCAGCUCACAAGGUGAGCUUGCGAAAGCAGCCCUGAUGGCACGUAUCCCGUAUGCUGGACUCACACUGACGGAGAGUCAUGGGACUCAGUUAGAAGUUCUUUUGACUGAGUUCAUAGUGUCGCAAAUGCAGACCGAGGGGUCUACGUACUAUCGUCCUGAUGCUUCGGCAGCAGGCCCGGAGCAGCAAGGCAAAAAACGCAAACACACGACAGGUGAAGAGAGUGACACGAAACCCAAGGCCAAGGCCAAGGGCAAGGCAAAAGGAAAGGCGAAGGCUGGCCAAAGCCCGGAUUCUGUGGAGCCGGCGCCAGUGGAAGAAGUUGCAGAUGAUGAUGAGGAAAAAGACGACUUGCCUUGGUAG